GUGCUGUGGCUACGAGUUGGUGACUUUCUCCCAGCUGGGAAGCGCGCGCUGUAAUCGCAGUGCCUUCUGAGCCCACCAUGAGGCGCCUGGGCUCGGUGCAGCGGAAAAUGCCGUGCGUGUUUGUGACGGAAGUGAAGGAGGAGCCCUCCACCAAGAGGGAGCAUCAGCCAUUUAAGGUUUUGGCAACUGAAACUCUAAAUCACAAGGCAUUAGAUGCAGAUAUACACAGUGCAAUUCCAACAGAAAAAGUGGAUGGGACAUGUUGUUAUGUUACUACCUACAAAGGCCAGCCAUACCUUUGGGCGAGGCUAGACAGAAAACCUAACAAACAGGCUGAAAAAAGAUUUAAAAAAUUUCUACAUUCUAAAGAAAAUUCAGAAGAAUUUCUUUGGAAUGUUGAGGAGGACUUCAAGCCUGUUCCAGAGCACUGGCUACCAGCGAAAGAAAUAGAACAGUUAAAUGGAAAACCUGUCCCUGAUGAGAAUGGACACAUUCCUGGUUGGGUACCAGUAGAGAAAAACAACAAACAGUAUUGCUGGCAUUCCUCUGUAGUUAAUUAUGAAUUUGAAAUUGCUCUGGUAUUGAAGCAUCAUCCUGAUGAUCCAGAACUUUUGGAAAUUAGUGCAGUAGCACUAUCAGAUCUGCUAGAACAAACACUGGAACUUAUAGGAACAAAUAUUAAUGGAAACCCAUAUGGAUUAGGAAGCAAGAAGCGUCCAUUACAUCUUCUUAUUCCACAUGGAGCAUUUCAAGUGAGAAAUCUGCCAACAUUGAACCACAAUGAUCUGUUGUCAUGGUUUGAAGGUUGCAGAGAGGGCAAAAUUGAAGGAAUUGUAUGGCACUGCAAUGAUGGCUGUUUAAUCAAGGUCCAUCGCCAUCAUCUUGGUUUACAUUGGCCAAUUCCAGAUACUUACAUGAAUUCAAAACCAGUUAUCAUCAACAUGGACCUAAACAAAUACGACUGUGCUUUUGAUUCUAACUGUUUGUUUAAUUAUUUUUUAAAAAUAGAUAAUCAGAAAUUUGGUAGGCUCAAAGAUAUAAUGUUUGAUGUAUAAAUGGAAAUAUAAUUUAAGUAAGCCUUCUUUUUAUUAUAUUUGGAUCCUUAAUAUCAUGAAUGUUUAAAAGGUAGAGGUAGCUUAAGGUUCUUAUUGUUCAUUUUCUAAAUCAAAUAGUUUAAACUCUGUAUCUUUAUAUUAAUAAAAUAUGUUCAACCUUA